AUGUCCAACUACGCCGCGCCGAACCAGCAGCGCCAUCUGCGCGCCUGCAUGGUCUGCUCCAUCGUCCUCCUGCACUCCAAAUUCCUCCAAAACGGCUGCCCAAACUGCGACUCCUUCCUCGAGCUCGCCGGCAGCGCCGAGAACGUCGCCGAGUGCACCUCCCAAGUCUACGAGGGGCUCAUCAUGAUGGCGCAGCCGCAAGACAGCUGGGUCGCCAAAUGGCAGCGUGUUGUGAACUAUGUGCCGGGCGUGUAUGCCACCAAAGUUGUGGGGCAGCUGCCGGAGUAUGCGAUCGUGGGGGCGGAGAAUGCGGGGGUGAAGUAUAUUCCGUAA